CGAGGGCGUAUCGAUGUAUAUAACCAACGAUAUCGAUAAGUCUUCCUCUAUGACACUACAUUUGUCAUAAAACAAAUUUGAAGUGUUAACGAACUGUCACCCAGUUAAAAGGAAAAGAUGGCGGCCAUCCUAAAAUUAUCCCAGUCCCUAGGAAAAUUACCAAAAAAUACCAAUUUAAUCAAGGCCCUUAGGAAGGCAUCUGGUGUCGCUGCCGAAGCUAAACAAAUUUCCUUGAAUGUACCGCCAACGAAAGUAACUACCCUUAGCAAUGGAAUUCGGGUUGCUACAGAAGACUGGGGUUCCCAAACCGCAACAGUAGGUAUCUGGAUUGAUGCUGGUAGCCGCUACGAAAACUCCAAAAACAAUGGGGUCGCCCACUUUAUGGAGCACAUGGCUUUCAAGGGUACUGGUAAACGUACUCAAAGCCAAUUAGAACUUGAAAUUGAAGAUUUGGGCGCCCAACUUAACGCUUACACCAGCAGAGAACAAACAGUUUAUUAUUCGAAAUGCCUAUCGAAAGAUGUACCAAAAGCUCUCGAAAUUUUAUCAGACAUCAUUCAAAAUGCCAAGUUGGGAGAAUCAGAAAUUGAAAGAGAAAGAGGUGUUAUCUUAAGAGAAAUGCAAGAAGUCGAAUCGAAUCUUCAGGAAGUAGUUUUCGAUCAUUUGCACGCCAUCGCCUAUCAAGGCACUCCUUUGGCCAACACCAUUUUAGGGCCCACAGCUAAUAUUCGAUCAAUUAGUUGCAAUGAUUUAAGGAGCUAUUUGGAUAACCAUUAUAAGGCUAGCAGAAUUGUGGUUGCCGGAGCUGGGGGAGUUUGCCACGAGGAUUUGGUUAAAUUGGCUGAAGCUAACUUAGGACAACUCAAUAACAACUAUCCAGGCGAAGUACCAGUACUUAACCCAUGCCGUUUCACUGGCUCAGAAAUUCGUGUGCGAGACGACACUUUACCUUUGGCCCAUGUUGCUUUAGCUGUUGAAGGUGCUGGAUGGUCCGAUCCUGACACUUUGACUCUUAUGGUCGCUUCAACUUUAUUAGGAGCCUGGGACAGAUCUCAAGCAUCUGCCAAACAAAACGCCACAAAUUUGGCACGAGUGAGCGCAGAAGAGGACUUGUGUCACUCUUACCAAAGUUUCAACACUUGCUACAAAGACACUGGUCUGUGGGGCAUUUACUUUGUGUCUGAUGGUCUGAAAAUCGCUGAUAUGAUUUUCAAUGUCCAAGAAGAAUUUAUGAGACUGUGCAACAGUGUCACCGAAGGCGAAGUUGAACGUGCCAAGGCCUUAUUGACUGCCAACACUUUGUUGCAGUUGGACACUUCUACUGCUGUUUGUGAAGAUGUUGGUCGUCAAUUGUUGUGCUAUGGUAGAAGAUUGCCUCCUCAUGAAUUGACUCACAGAAUAAACUGCAUUACUGCCCGUAACGUCAGGGACGUCAUGUACAAAUACUUGUAUGAUAGGUGUCCUGCUGUUGCUGCUGUUGGUCCAGUGGAGAACCUUCCUGACUACACUCAAAUUCGUUCUUCUAUGUACUGGAUUCGUGUUUAAAAAAUUAAUGAAAAAAUAACCGUUAAAUAAUUUAUUGUUUGUGAUCCUAGGUAUUCUUAUUCAGGCAUGUGAGAUGACAGUUGAAAAUAUUAAAUUGCAAAAUUCGAUUAAGUGUUUUUAGAAAAACUUAAAAGUGAAUAAUGUCACACAUUUAAUGUAAAUAAGUUUCUGUUGAUUUUUAUUAAAUAA